AUGGAUGAAGAUAGUCAUAUAAUUAUUGAUGAUAUUACAAGUCUGUCUCAUGAAAUCUAAGUAGAUGAAACAUUAAUAAAACAAUAUAAAAAAUAAAGAUUAUUGGGAGUUGGAGCAUAUGGAAAAGCAUACCUUGUGACUUCUGAUGACGAAAAUUAGAUUAAAUAUGUUAUGAAAGUAUUACCUCAAUCAGCUUCAGCUAAAAAGGAGGCUUUAAUAUUAUAAAAUUUGAGACAUGAUAAUAUAAUCUAAUAUGUAGAAACAUUUAUAGAUAGUAAAAAUAGAUUAUGCAUAAUAAUGGAAUAUGCCAAUAGUAUUAUAUAAAAAAAUAAUAUCAUUAGAUGGGACAUUAGGCUAAUACAUAAAAUCAAGACAAUAACCAUUACCAGAAACAUAAAUUAUUGAUUGGUUUACUUAAUUAUGUUUAGCAAUUUAAUGUGUUCAUUCAUAAAGAAUUAUCCAUAGAGACAUAAAAGCAGAGAAUGUAUUUUUACAUGAUGACAAAUUGAAAUUAGGAGAUUUUGGAAUUGCAAGAUCUGUAGAAUAGACUCUUGCAACAACUUUUAUAGGAACUCCUUAUUAUUUAUCACCUGAAAUCAUAUAAAAUUAACCUUAUUCUUAUAAAAGUGAUAUAUGGGCAUUAGGAGUAUUACUUUAUGAAAUGUGCACAUUUAAAUAUCCUUUUUAAGCUGAAUCAUUACCAGGUCUGGCUACUAAAAUAAUGAAAGGAAAAAUUUAACCUAUAAGUGCUUAAGUUUAUUCAUAAAAUAUGAAAAAUCUAAUAUAAAAUUUAUUAUAGAUUGAUCAAAAUAAAAGACCAACCAUAGAAUAAAUUUUAUGUAUAUUUUAAUUAUUAGAUAGAAAAUCAAAUAAUCUAAAAUAGAAUUAAAUAAUUAAAUAUUAAAUAGUAACCUAUAACAAAGAUAGCAAUAUAACCAAUAUAAAGUAUGAUAUAUUGUUAAUCUAGAGAAAUAGUAGCAUUAGGUUAUUAUAAAAAAGGAUGAAUACAAAUAAUAAAAAAAGUAAACAAGAGAAGAGUAAACCAAAUUUAUGAAAUAAGAUAUAUAAAAAAAAGUAUUGAUUAUUAUUAAAAUAUUUAGAAAACUUAAUAGUAAUAGUAGAAACCUUAAGAAUUAAUUAUUGAAUCAUUUGGUCAACCAAAAAAAUAAGAUUAAUAAUAAAGUGAAAAGAAAAUUGUGAAAAAUAAAGAUAUUCCUGAAAUUUAUUUACCUUUCAUGUCUCAAAUAGAAUAAAAAUAAUAAUAAUUGAAUUCAGCUAAAGAAAAAUAAAAUGAAUAAUUAGUCUAAUCAUAACAAUAGAAUUGUAAGAUUAAUAUUCAUAUAAUUAGCUAAAAAAUAAAAUCCACGACUAUGUUAUGAGAGAGCAGAAAAAAUAAGAUCAGCUUUAGAGAAGGAAUUGGGAUUAAAUGAAUUUCUAUCUAUCUAUAACACCUUUAAAAAUUUAAGAGAAAAAAAUUCUCUUGAAGAUAUUGCAAAAUAAUAUGGCCCUUAUUAUACAGAUUUAAUUCCAAAUAUGCAAUAAGAGUUAAUUUAAGCAUUUUUACCAUCUUUAUUUAUCUUACUCGAAUUCGAUUUGGAUGAAUGA